AACCAGAAGUAGAACCAAAUAAUGAAGAACCUGAAAUUUCUAUUAUCAGUAAUUAUGAAGCACUAGUAGCACUUAACCAAAUAAUCAUAUAUGCAGAACAAAAAUCUGAUAAAAUUGAUUUUCCAAAGGAUCAAAUUCGAAUAAUAAAAAAAUUACGAAAAGUAGUGGAACGAGAAGAAUUUCAUUCUAAACAACAAGUUACAUUAGAUUCAUGUUUGGGAAAUGCGGAUAAGGCUAAUACUAGUAAAGAAUAA